UUUCAUAUGAACCGAUUCAAUUACGUUAUAAAUAUCCAUUCAUCAUAUAUAUGUAUCAUGCUUAUAUGUACAAUUGCAUUAACUUUAAGACAUGAGUUAUUUUAACCUUCUCCUAUUUGAAAGCUCAAUCACAACAGUAUUUCGAAAAGGCAAGGGCUCUGGAAUGUGUUUUCAACAUUUUGACAAAUGUUAAUCUUUUGGUGUAUCUGGGUUGGAGUGUUUGAUGUGAUGUAGGAAAGGAAUACAUUCACUAGUCUCUAGAAGUCGAUGCAAAGGUGAGUUGCCUCACACCUAAAUUAUCACCAUCUUUAUUUGGAAAAUCAAACGGAACAAGACAAUAAUGGAAAACAGGGCUGAAUGUGGAGCAGUGUUUUGUCUUGUUUGGCUCCUGCGGAAGACAUCAUCAAGUCACCAUUGACGCCUUCCGGGGAUGCUUCUGAUAAUUUGAAUAAUGAAAAUGAGAGUUUUCUGUGGAGAUGUUUCUCUGGAUUGAAAUGGAGUGAAGUACAAGUGUAAAGAAGCAGCUCCAGGUUCUCUGUGAGGAAUACCAGUGGAAGAAAUUGGUAGGAGAUGGAAUUAUGUUUCAGAAUAAGUUGUAAGUUCUGAAAGUCAGAGUGGAUCUGACAUGAUCAACUGGAUUUGAUGAAGAAUUAAUUCAUUCUGGUCCAGGAGACCUGCCAUGUAAUGCAAGUUUGUUCAGGCUGAAGUUCGGAAGAGAAAUAGAGAUGGCAUUAUAUCAAAAAGUUUCCAGGAAAUGGAUAUGAGGUGCAAAACAUGCAAGAAUGUCAUGAAACUGUUUUAGGAGGUGAAAUUGAAACAAUUAGAUUAUGGUGGUUGUGUGAGAAAAGAGUUCCGCUGCCGUGAAUCUUAAUUGUUAAAUGGGAGAAUCUGUCAGAUGAAGAAGAGAUUUCAUGGAUUUUGUCAUUUUUCAAAAGUUAAUUCAGCCAAGUUAACCAUACAGAUAAAAAUGGAUUCUGUGAAGCUCGGACAAAAUUCUCAAGCUCGUCAUAAAAACAGGAGAUUUUAAAAUUGCAACUUGAAUUGCUUGAGAGAUGCUACACAGAACGACUGAUAAAGUUUAAACACAUGAUGUUGUUACAAGUAUUUAGAGGAUAAACACAAAGGAGGAGGUUGAAGGCUAUGUGGCCAUCAGAUGACAGCAUCAGCCCCGGACUGACUGGAACAGGGAGAAGAAUGCAUGUCAACACAACAGAGGGAUGGUGUGGUGAUGCAUAGACUUCAAUACCUGGAAGACAAGGAGCUACAGACUAGCGGGGACAUGUCUUGUCAAACACAUCUCUGAUUGUCUAAGUGGGAACAGAUGUACGGAGUUGGAGACAUCGUCUACGACAGCCUGACUCCGGAUGGGCGAGUUGACUAGCUUCUGAAGAAAUUUGGUUAGCGCCAUUGGACUGUGAGGUGCCGGUAAGCUGCUCUGCAGGGUGGAGAGAAGAUUAUCUGGCUGUUUACCGUUUGAAUUGGUAAAACUUCAGAAAUAUGGUCAACUUUUGCCAACUGAAGAAAGAGAAGGGAACAGAAUCUUGGGAGCCACUCUGACAGACAUUCCUCCAUCCUUCUUCAUCUAUCUUUCCAUCUUGGCAGCAAUAAUUACAAGUGGAGGGUUUGUAAAUGUGAGGUUAGCAUAAUUUGGAGGCAGUCACUUCAAGUGCAUGUAAACCUUAAGUGAUUCCUGCUGGCUGCAAGGUACGGACAGUACAGGCACAGAGUUGAAUACCAACUGUAAAUCGCUGCAACUGCAGCCGUACCUGACUUCAAGCUUUGUUGUGUUGAUUCCUGUUCUCAGGGGAUAAAUUAGCGUUCUGUGAUCCUGGUAUUGAUGGCGGACAGUUGAAGAUAUGUCAUAGUUGGACACCUUGCCAGGGGAAUACUAAACUGUUCAGUGAUCAGUCAUCGAGAGGAUUGUAUUGCACCGCGAUUACUUGCCUCAGAGGCUUCACAAGUUGGAGGAGUCAUUUUGUCAGCUGCAUCUCACAUGUCUUCAUGAUAAAUCUCCCUUACUGGAUACAUAUGCAUUUGAGACCUCCCUGUGAUGAGAACCUGGCAGAUCAGUUGAACAAAGCAAGACUGGAGACUGGUGUCAUUGUUGCUUCAGUUGGACGGUUUUAAUCGAUUUUGAGAACAUUGUCAACUUUGUGUCUUUCAUCGGAGUCUGUUUCACAGGAUUCACCAGACACUGAUUGGAACAUUUUCAGAAUACAAAAGUUAGCAAACCUGGAUUUAUCUUACCAUUUUGCGGACGUGUUAAGUAGUAGUCUGGAGGAUAGAAAGAAAGCAAUGGGAGACGUACCCGGAUUCCACCGGGUCCUUAGUACCAGCGCUCUCCGCAUCCCCAAACAGAGGUACUCGUUCUGGAGGAGGCACGCAGAAGACCUCAUUGUCACCCCGUUUGCACAGAUCCUGGCAAGUCUACGGAGUGUCAGAAACAAUUACCUGGCGCUCACCAAUGUCCCGAUUCCAAAAGACAGUAGUCAUCCAAUCAGUAAAGUUCACCGAGAACACGACAGACCUAGGCGAGGUUCAUCCGGCCCCCACGCCCAUGGCCUGCUGUCUCAUGCAUCGCAGCAGUCUCCCCAACAUCAUCAUAUGCAACAACUGUCCCCCAGUGGCAACAAGGUGCAAGAUGACACAUACAUGAAGUUGGCUGUGGAGACCCUGGAGGAACUAGACUGGUGUCUGGACCAGCUAGAGACCAUCCAGACACAUCGCUCCGUCAGUGACAUGGCAUCUAGCAAGUUCAAACGAAUGUUGAAUCGAGAGCUGAGUCACUUCGCCGAAUCUAGCAAGUCUGGAAACCAGAUAGCAGAGUUUAUUUGCAAUACUUAUUUAGACAAACAACAGGAAGUUGACAUCCCAACCUUGAAAGUCGACACAGUGGAAACAGUCACCAAGGAGAUUCCCGACAAAAAUCGGCCUAUGUCCCAGAUACAAGGAGUUCGGAAACUUAAACAUGCCAAUAGCUUUACAGGAAUUGUGCCAAAACACGGAGUAGAUACACCUCAUAAAGAAGAGCUAGGACGAUAUUUGAAUGACAUUGACAAGUGGGGAGUUGAUAUUUUCAAAAUUUCUGAAUACUCAACCAACAAACCUCUUACCAGCAUCACAUACAGGAUAUUUCAGGACAGAGAUUUAUUAAAUACAUUCAAGAUUCCUGCACAUACUCUAGUCACAUAUUUGAUGCACUUGGAAGAGCAUUACCAUCGAGAGACGCCCUAUCACAACUCCAUCCACGCCUCCGACGUCACGCAGUCCACGCACGUGCUCCUCAGCGCACCUGCCCUUGAAAAUGUGUUCACAGAUCUGGAGAUUCUGUCAGCGAUAUAUGCAUGUGCCAUUCAUGAUGUGGACCAUCCGGGUGUGACCAACCAGUACUUAGUCAACACAAGUUCGGAGCUGGCCCUGAUGUACAAUGACGAGUCUGUGUUGGAGAACCACCAUCUGGCCGUGGCGUUCAAACUCCUCCAGGAGGAGAACUGUGAUAUCUUUCUCAACCUCAACAAGAAACAGAGACAGACGCUGCGCAAGAUGGUCAUAGAUAUGGUGCUUGCGACAGACAUGUCAAAACAUAUGAGUCUUCUGGCUGACCUGAAGACCAUGGUAGAAACGAAGAAAGUUGCUGGCUCAGGAGUGCUGUUGCUGGACAACUAUACUGAUAGAAUUCAGGUUCUCCAGAACAUGGUUCAUUGUUCGGACCUCAGCAACCCAACGAAGCCCCUUGAUAUAUACAAAAACUGGGUGGAUCGCAUUAUGGACGAGUUUUUCAGACAGGGAGAUCGUGAACGCGAUCAAGGUCUUGAUAUUAGUCCGAUGUGUGACCGACACACUGCAACAGUAGAGAAGACUCAGGUUGGAUUCAUCGACUAUAUUGUCCACCCGCUGUGGGAAACAUGGGCAGACCUGGUCUUCCCGGACGCCCAGGAUAUCCUGGACACGCUGGAAGACAACCGGGACUGGUACCAGACUAUGAUACCAAUCUCCCCCUCUUCCAGUUUCUGUAGCAAUAAGACAGACGACAAGGAUGAGUCGGAAACCACAAAGUUCCAGUUUGACCUUGAAGAGGACAAGGAGAAUGAAGGUCAAGGUUGCAGCCCUGUUGUCAUGCGUGUAAUUCCAGAAGGAUCAGACUCAGAUCAGCGAGGACUUGAUAAGAAAUGAAGCCUCCGUGUAGAUGAUAGUAGCGAUGUGUUUGAGCUGACAACAAUUAUGACAACUCUACAAAUGCUGGCUCUCGUUUGGUCAUGGCCGGCCAAUAUGUCUGUGCGUUGAUGGAUACUUGAAGAAGCUAGACGAUAAACUCAUUAUUUUCAGUUGCACAUGAAAUUCACUCAGGGAAGAGCACGGCAAUGGCACAAGCGGCGAGCUACCAACGAACAUCUGAUUGAGCUUGGCUGUGCCAUGUAACCCCAGUGGCAUGACGAACUGCUAACAGUGACAAUGCUGUUGUUGACGACGAUGACAGAAUGAUCUCCACAUAAUGUGUUACCUGUCCUUCUAGCCCAUGCGGCAUACUCUGACACUCAUUGUGAUUAACAUUAUGGACAAGGGGGAUAACUCUUGCUGAGCUCCCUCGAUCAGUUGCAUAGAGACAAAGACUUGUGUAGAUAUAUUGACUAAAACAACUGAUAUAUGUCAAAAUGGCAAACUGUACACAACAGGAGAGUGUUUUUUGCCCACAACAAGGAUAGUUCAUUUGUAUAUGUGAUUAUUGCAUAUUUGGGGCAUUUUGAUUUAACCAAUAAUUUAAAGAUUUAGCAAGCAGCUUGAAGUGGGUCGUGUGUGACAACUGUGAUAUUUUCAUUACUUCAAUUCCGUCAAACUAUAUCAUUGCAAAUGUUUGGUUCGAGUAUCUUCGCUCAGACAAUUCUCUUCUAGAGACGACUAGACAUAUCUAGUCUACCGAGAAUGAGAAAUUCUCAGUUCUAAAUUGAACUCUCUCAAAUCUGGACUUUCAACUUCGAAUACAACGUAGCAGUUGUUUUGGUAGCAUAAUUUUCAAAAUAGCUUAGAAAAUUCAGUGUAGCAUAAUGAAAAAAUGCAAAUAAGUGUAUGAUUGCAUAGUGUUUUCUUAUCAUGUUUAAUGUUACCAUAAAUUUAAAAUAACAAUUUUUUAUAUGUUUCUUGCUAAUCCACUAACUUUAUAACACAAAAUCUGUUGGAUUGUUGAGGAAGUGAGUUAGCACUGACUCUUGUGACUUAAUGUUUAACAUGUGAAAUCCCCAGCAGUUGAACGAGGCUAUGUCUGAGAACCGUUCUGUGAUAUGUGUAUUACCGCAAGGGGACAGGGGAGGGGGACACAGGAUCGGGGAGGGGGAGGGGGGGUAUGAAGGGGUAGUCCCUCUUCCAUAAUUGCUUACGCGUUGUUCAUAGAACCUAUUUAUUUAAGUUAUUACGUUAUCAGGUUGUUUGCAGUUCACAAUUCUUUAAAAUGUCCCAUCCUUAAAACGAAUUGCUAACUUGUUGACAAAAUGGCAGCUGAUGCUAAACAGGUUGUUUUUUUCCACUCGAGAACAUUUGGUAAUGUUUCAGCUCAGUCCAACCAAGACUUCACUCUUUACUUUCAACACUUCACUUUACAUUAAAUACUUCACUUCUUGAAUAUUAAUCAGAAUUUAUUAGGCAUUUUGAAUUUUAAAUAUAUUUAUUAUUUGAAUAAUAUGUAUGAAUCCUUUCUUGAAAGUUGAUACUUGCAUAAAGAAGAAAUUCUUGGUAGUCACGUAACUUGCACCUAUUAAUUUUGACACGCUUGUAAAGAUUGUUUCGUUUGGCAGGCAAAUUUGAGUCACCAAUUGAGAUUUUAGCAUUUAUGAUACACAAUUUUACGUCAGUCUGUUGUAUUAUGUAUAUUUGAAUGUUAUGGAAAAGACCCACUUUUAACAAUGUGGAGAAAUUUUAUAUUAUGCAUAAUUUUAAAGGAGAUAUUUUCCAAAUAUGGACAUUAUUUAGAUAUUUUAACUGGUGAUUGGACAAAAGCUGAGAGCAUAUUCAUAGUCGAUGUUCACUUGUAGUGAAUACGAGAUUAUUGUCGGCAUUCUAUCCGAUAUUUACAUAUCUUGCUGAUUCCACAGGUCUGUUGUGUUUAACACUGAGUCUUUGUUCAGCGAUCAUUGACAUAAUCACCUUCAUUCAUCCACCAACAACUCAUGUGUCACGUUAUCACUUACACUAGUAUUUAUUACGUCUCAGGCCAUACAGGUGUCUCGUGAGAUUCCGUUUUUGUAGUUUGGGAAGUGAACUUACAGCUGACUCACGACUGGAGUCCUUACAAAGGGUAGUUUUGUUGUUGUUUAUUUUUCCAAUGCAAGAUUAGUCACUGUUGAUUUAUGCAUGUGUUGCAAUACAGAGGACUAUAACAAAAUUGUUAAAGCUCGUGUUAUCUUAGGACAUUACCAUCACCAUUUGUCAAAGUGCCACAUUUACCAAACACAAAAAGUAAAAAAUUAUUUGUUAAUGUUUCGUUAUGGUUAAGUGAGACUGUAAAUUGACUUCCCUAUGCAUCGCACAUAGAUGUUAAGAUUUCAAUUAGCAGGGUUCUCACUGUGUUGAUGUCUGUCAGAACCAUUUUUGACAUGGUGUUCUUGAUCUUCGGUAUGUCAAAAUUGUUCUUGACAUUGUUCCUGAUCUUUACUAUGUCACAGCUGUUCCUGACAUGGUGUUCCUGAUCUUCAGUGUCAAAACCGUUCUUGACAUUGUUCCUGAUCUUUACUAUGUCAAAAUUGUUCUUGACAUUGUUCUUGAUCUUUACUGUGUCACAACUGUUCUUGACAUGGUGUUCCUGAUCUUCAGUGUCAAAACCUUUCUUGACCUUAUUCCUGAUCUUUACUAUGUCAAAAUUGUUCUUGACAUUGUUCUUGAUCUUUACUGUGUCACAACUGUUCUUGACAUGGUGUUCCUGAUCUUCAGUGUCAAAACCGUUCUUGACAUUAUUCCUGAUCUUUACUAUGUCAAAAUUGUUCUUGACAUCGUUCUUGAUCUUCAGUGUCAAAACCGCUCUUGACAUUGUUCCUGAUCUUUACUAUGUCAAAAUUGUUCUUGACAUUAUGUUCUUGAUCUGCACUGUGUCAAAAUGGUAGACGAGACUAAGAGCGCCCUUGAUCUAAACUCCUCAUGCGAAUCAUGUACUAACCAUGUGAUAUCAUUGCCCCUUCCUUCCCAUGGUUCUAUGCUGCAGGAACCAGCUAAUAUUUAAAUUAAAAUUCUUUAAUUGCCA